AUGGCUCUGUCAAUACCAAGCAAUCCCAACCCAAGUGAACGAAUUUUCCCUGAUUCUCUCCAAAUGAGCCCACCCACCAUUGCCUCGUAUUUCCCUACAUUUAUGCCCCCAAAUCAUUAUCUCAAUAUCCUGUCCAACUCCCAUGAGAUGUUUAAUCCUCUAAAGUCUCUGGGAAGGCUUGUCACCAAAUCUUCUCCUUUGGGACCCAUCAGCUUCAGAGACCUCUCUGCCCCACUCAACCACAGUUCCCCUCUGAGGGAUCCACUGUUCAACCCCCUGCCUAUUUCAUAUCCAGUCUUCACUAAGGUUCAGCACCCUGGACCAUACUCAAAGCAGGACCUCAAUGUUCAAAGCAAUGCACUUAGCCCCCCGUUCCACCACAGCCACCCAGAAUGUCCAAAGUCUUCUCAGACCCCCAAAAAGUGUAAAAGUGUGUCUUCAAGUAUACCCAGCGUGGAGGUGAAGCCCAUCCGCACGUACCAGUUCACAGAAGAAGACCUUCACACAGUCCUGUAUGGCUACACUCAUGGGGCAGACACCAGGCGCACCCACCACAGUGCCAACCAUGCCAUCUCGGGGCUACGGGUUCCCUCUAGCUUUGCAGGUGUGGAAUCGCAAGGAAUGGACAGGGACACGCUACAAUUACCAGAAGGACUUUGUAUUUUCAAAACCAUGUAUGGCGAUAUCCCCAAAUCAGGAGUGUUCAGUGCGAAUAUUAUACCAAAAGGCGUCAGAUUUGGUCCAUUUCAAGGAAAAGUGGUGAACACCAGUGAAAUUAAGACAUAUGAUGACAAUUCGUUGAUGUGGGAAAUCUUUGAGAAUGGCCGAUUAAGUCACUUCAUAGAUGGAAAGGGGGCCUCUGGCAACUGGAUGACUUUGGUGAAUUGCGCCAGGUUCCCGGAAGAGCAGAAUCUAAUCGCCAUUCAGUGUGUUGGCGAGAUUUACUAUGAGACCUGUAAGGAGAUCCUGCCCAUGCAGGAAUUGCUGGUGUGGUAUGGAGAUUGCUACCUGCAGUUUCUGGGCAUCCCAGUUAGUCUGAAGGGCAUAGAUGAAGACAGACCUCCAUAUCCCCACCAGGAAGAAGCCGGAGAAGGAUACAAGUGCGAGCGAUGCGGGAAGGUGUUUGCUUACAAGUAUUACCGCGACAAGCAUCUGAAAUACACCCGGUGCGUGGAUCAGGGGGACCGGAAGUUCCCGUGCCAUCUGUGUAACAGGUCGUUCGAGAAGAGGGACCGGCUGAGGAUCCACAUCCUGCACGUGCACGAGAAGCACCGACCGCACAAGUGCACUGUCUGCGGGAAGAGCUUCUCUCAGUCGUCCAGUUUGAAUAAACACAUGCGAGUUCACUCCGGGGAGAGACCCUACAAGUGUGUCUAUUGCAACAAGGCGUUUACAGCAUCCAGCAUCCUCCGUACGCAUAUCCGACAGCACUCCGGCGAGAAGCCUUUCAAAUGCAAACACUGUGGAAAAGCCUUUGCAUCGCACGCUGCCCACGACAGCCACGUCCGCCGCACUCACAGCAAGGAAAAGGGUUCCACGUGCGCUCUGUGCGGCAAAACCUUUCCGGACCUCGAGGAGUUCCAGUACCACAUGCAGAUUCACUCUGCUCUCUAG